CACUGGUAUGAGGCAGGAAUUAUUGCUAGCUGGAAAAACCUCAUCGACGCUUUCCAAUAUCAUAUCAUAUGUGUAAAUAAACCAUACGACAUCUCCGUCACUACCAAAAUGUUCUCCAGCGCCCCUCCCCAGAACCACCGCCUGAAAGUCACCGCAGGCACAUCCUACACACCAGAAACCCACGAAACCGUCACUGUAAAUAGCACAUCUCCUCUACAAUUGAAAAGCGACCACUUAACCAGCAACCUCUGGGUCCGCAUCAAAGAUUACACAGGCUACCCACCAACCUCCCCCAAAACAAACCCCUACUUCGAGACACCCCCAUUCAACCAAAACCUCUUUUCCCUCACCUUCAACCUCAAUUUCACCCACGACGUAAACGGCAACGACCUCAUCUUCGGAAAUGACUUCGACCAUCCGAUCCGCUCAUACCUACCCACUGGAUUUGGCACGGCGCUGAAGAUAGUCAAAUCCACACUUGACCCGUCGUUAGACGGUGACGCAUAUGCCGAUAAGCCGUAUUUGUAUAGUCCUGGACUGGCGUCGUGGAAUCAGUUCUCGAUUGGAGAUAAGCAGGAAGAUGGUGGGGAUGAGGACAAUGUCAUAGUCCAAGAAGGGGGCACCGGAUCUGGUGUGGAUGGUCGGAAAGAGUAUGAUAUUCCUGACAGCUCGUCAUCACGAAGAACACAUUUUCAGAAUGAGGAGAGAAGAAAGGGAUUUGUCUUUGAGAAAGGGAGGACGUAUGCGGCGGAUUUUGGGAAUGGGUAUUUGGAUUUCAAUGAGUUCGCCAUUCGGAUUCCCGGGUUUAGCUUUCAUAUUGGGAAAUAUGUCAGUGAUAAGAAUAAUGUGUUGCGGUAUGUCUUGAAGAAUCGGGCGACCGGGGAGGUCUAUUUGGUGAUUUGCUUGACGGUUGUGUUGGAGGAAGAGACGAAGAUUGAUAAUGAUGAGAAGGGCGAGGGUGAUGAUAUUGUAGAUGUAGAAGAUGAACAGGGGAUAGACGAUGUGGAUUAA